AGACAACACAUAAUUUGUUCAUGAAUUGUUGCUAUCCCCGAAAGAAGAAACAUGCCAGUCUUUUAUGUCCCAGCCAGUGAAACACCAAAGAAACAACACAGGCUUCAACAGCAGUAUAGUAUUGAUGAACGAAAGCUCAUGUCCGAUAUUUUGUACGAAGAUCUGAGCAGUAAACGAUCUACAGUUAAGUUUGACAGAGAUGAAAGGCGUCUUAUAGCGGAAAUCACUCGACAGAAAGAUUUGGAAUCUAAAGUUGAGCAAUCUAAACAAUUUGAUGAGAAACGUCAACAAAAUCUGGCGAAGCGAGACGAAAUAGAAGCAGAAAAGAAAGCUCGCGCUCAAGAGAAAUUAAGACGGUCGCUUUCAACAACAAAACCAGAUCUGGUAUCGGAAACUGUGAAAAGAUAUGAAACAAAACGUUCAGAAGUGCUAGAAAGAAUUCAGAAAAAGGAAAAGGAGAAGAAAGCGAAAUUAGAUAAAGCAAUGAAUAGGGAAAAGCCAAACUUUUCUACCCUUGUUACAAAAAUAUACGACGAGAAAAGAGCGGGAGUGUUGGAACGGAUUCAAAAGAAACAAGAGGAAACUAAACUAAAAUACGAACAAAAAAUAAACAAAGCGGUUCCUGAUAAAUCUGCAAUGAUUCCAGAUAUAGCAAAAAGUUAUGACAAUCGAAGGGCGGAAGUCUUGGCAAGAUUAAAACAAAGCGAAGACGAGAAGAAAAUGAAGAUAGAAAAGAAAUUAGAACGCGUUGAAAAUGCGCACCAAAGGUAUAAGGAGAAUAUGCUGUUCAUCCGAGAAAAAUCUGUAAUGGGCAGAACAUUUGAUUUUGAUAAUAUUAAAGAAGGAAGUGCACAGUCGAGUGACGAUGAAAAGAACGACCAAGAUUCUGGAAUAAGUCUUAAUAAGUCAUAUCAAGAUACAGAUUCACAGGGUGAUAGCUGUGACAGCCAACAAAGCACCAACAGGAGCAAGAGCCGCCUAAUGUCUAGCUAUGGUUCAUUUAGUAAGAGAUCAGUUCUGCCUCCGAUUGAAUGAAACUAAGAUUACAGUUGUGUUCUUAGACUUCGCUACACGUGCUUACAGUGACCAUUUCAUUACCUUUCUUUUUGCUAGCUAUAUAUCACAAUGCAGAUAGACCGACAAUUUCAGAAUGGCAAAUGGAACGCUGUUAUCGUUUAGGAGUGUUACCUAUAAUUGUAAAAAUGUAGAAUAUCUCAGUAACUUUCUAGUUUUCUAAUGAUCUAAGUGAACGGUGCACUCCAUUAAUGCAUAUUUGUGCUUAAUUUCUAAUUUUGUGUAAUAAAUAUUUAAGUUAA